AUGCCGGUCAGGUCCAGGUUCACAAGGCUCGAUGCCUUCACAAAGACGGUCGAUGAGGCACGAAUUCGCACCACGAGCGGCGGUGUUGUGACCAUAGUCUCCCUGCUUGUUGUGUUGUUUCUGUCUUGGGGAGAGUGGGCUCAGUACAACCGUGUCAUUGUGCAUCCUGAGCUGGUGGUAGACAAGAGCAGAGGAGAACGAAUGGAGAUCCAUCUCAACAUCACCUUUCCCAAGAUGCCUUGCGAGCUUCUGACGCUCGAUGUCAUGGACGUCUCUGGGGAGCAGCAGCAUGGAGUCGCGCACGGGGUGAACAAAGUGCGUCUUCGACCCGAAUCUCAAGGCGGCGGCGUCAUAGACGUCAAGUCCCUGAACCUGCAUGACGAGACUGCCCAGCAUCUGGACCCUGCCUACUGCGGGCAAUGCUAUGGCGCUACAGCUCCGGCAACUGUGCGCAAGGCCGGAUGUUGCAACACUUGUGACGAGGUCCGGGAAGCGUACGCAGCACAAGGUUGGUCGUUCGGUAGGGGCGAGAAUGUCGAGCAGUGCGUGAGAGAGCACUAUGCCGAGAGGCUGGACGAGCAGCGCGAGGAAGGCUGCCGCAUCGAGGGCGGCUUGCAGGUGAACAAGGUGGUCGGAAACUUCCACCUGGCCCCCGGUCGCAGCUUUAGCAACGGCAACAUGCAUGUCCACGACCUCAAGACGUACUGGGAGACGCCUAGCGGCAAGCAACACGAUUUCUCCCACACUAUUCACCAUCUCCGCUUUGGCCCUCAAUUACCAGAGUCCCUUCCGCAGAGAAAGGUGAAGAACUCACAUCUUUGGACAAACCAUCACACCAACCCGCUGGACGGAUCCAAGCAAGUGACGAAUGAUGCAAACUUCAACUACAUGUACUUUGUCAAGAUUGUACCCACCUCGUAUCUUCCGCUCGGCUGGGAGAAGACCAAGGCAUACAUGAACGCUGCUGGCAAUGGGGAUAUCCACGCGGACGGUGGCGGCAGCCUGGAGACGCAUCAGUAUUCAGCCACUGUUCACAAGCGAAGCCUGCAGGGAGGUAAUGAUGCCGCCGAAGGCCAUGCCGAGCGCCAGCACUCGCAAGGCGGUAUUCCCGGCAUCUUCUUUUCCUAUGAUAUCUCCCCCAUGAAGGUUAUUAACCGCGAAGAGCCAGCCAAGACUUUUACUGGCUUCGUGGCCGGGCUCUGCGCUAUCGUAGGUGGCACCCUGACUGUGGCAGCGGCCGUGGACCGCGGAUGGUUCGAAGGUGCCGCGAGACUGAAAAAGUUGCGAUCAAAAGAGCUGUGA